CCUAGAAUCCGGCUCUCGCCUUAGCAAUGCGCAGGCGCGCGGAACGGCCGUUGCUAAGGCGAGAGCCGGAUUCUAGGCCUCAAAGCAGCGGCGGGAAGAACUAAAGGAACGACAGGCUUCGCAAUGCCUCGAGAGAUCAUCACUCUGCAGUUGGGGCAAUGCGGGAACCAGAUUGGGUUUGAAUUCUGGAAACAGCUUUGUGCAGAACAUGGCAUCAGUCCUGAGGGUAUUGUGGAGGAAUUCGCCACGGAGGGUACAGAUCGCAAAGAUGUGUUUUUCUAUCAGGCAGAUGAUGAGCACUAUAUCCCACGAGCCGUCCUCCUGGAUUUGGAACCACGAGUGAUACAUUCCAUUCUGAAUUCCCCAUAUGCCAACCUCUACAACCCAGAAAAUAUAUACCUGUCUGAGCAUGGUGGUGGGGCUGGGAACAACUGGGCCAGUGGAUUUUCACAGGGGGAAAAGAUUCAUGAAGAUAUUUUUGACAUUAUAGACAGAGAAGCUGAUGGCAGUGACAGCUUAGAGGGUUUUGUACUGUGCCAUUCCAUCGCAGGUGGGACUGGCUCUGGUUUGGGUUCUUAUCUCCUGGAAAGAUUAAAUGACAGGUACCCUAAGAAGCUGGUGCAGACAUAUUCAGUCUUCCCUAACCAGGAUGAGAUGAGUGAUGUGGUAGUGCAACCAUACAACUCUCUCUUGACACUCAAGCGGCUGACACAAAAUGCUGAUUGUGUGGUGGUUCUAGACAACACAGCUCUGAACCGCAUUGCCACUGACAGACUACACAUUCAGAACCCUACCUUUUCUCAGAUCAACCAACUGGUUUCCACCAUCAUGUCUGCCAGUACCACUACAUUGCGCUACCCAGGCUACAUGAAUAAUGACUUGAUUGGAUUGAUUGCCUCCCUUAUCCCUACUCCCAGGUUACACUUCCUCAUCACAGGCUACACACCUCUCACCACAGAUCAGGCUGUGGCCAGCGUUCGCAAAACCACUGUCCUUGAUGUGAUGCGACGGCUGCUGCAGCCCAAGAAUGUCAUGGUAUCCAUGGGGCGUGAUCGGCAGACCAACCAUUGCUACAUUGCCAUCCUUAACAUCAUCCAAGGGGAGGUGGAUCCCACCCAGGUUCAUAAGAGUUUACAGCGGAUCCGGGAGAGGAAACUGGCUAACUUCAUUCCUUGGGGCCCUGCCAGCAUUCAAGUGGCACUUUCUAGGAAGUCUCCAUACUUGCCAUCAGCACACAGGGUUAGCGGUCUGAUGAUGGCUAAUCACACCAAUAUUUCAUCGCUCUUCGAACGUACCUGCCAUCAAUAUGACAAACUACGCAAACGUGAAGCCUUCCUGGAACAGUUCCGCAAGGAGGAUAUGUUCAAGGAGAAUUUUGAUGAACUUGAUGAUUCCCGCAAGAUUGUCCAGGAGCUGAUAGAUGAGUAUCAUGCUGCCACUCGGCCUGACUAUAUCUCCUGGGGUACACAAGAGCAGUGAGUUGGCUUAUAGGAUAUGAUUGUCUGUCUUCUGGCACGUCUUCGUCCUCAAGCAAGAUUUCUCCAAGUACACCAGCUCCUCCCUUUUGGUGACCCAUGUCUGGGAGUGAAGGGGCACUCACAGACCUCUCAUGAAAAGAAGGGAAUCUGGUCCCCUUUUGACAUUGACCCUCAAGUCCUUUGUCAUCUGUUGAGCUGCAACCUAGUGUUCUUAUUAUUGGGCCUGAUUUCUUCUUGUUCCCUUGAGACAUCUGGUUAUAUGUGGCAACUUCCCAUGAACCAGGAGUCACCAGGUCUGGUUAAUAGCAGGCAGCACUAGGAUAACUUCUGUUUAUUCCUUUUUUUAUGUCCGUAAGAAGCGUGUUCCUCUACCAAGUUGUCUUCAUGUUGCACUUGUAUUUAUUGAAACACAAUUAUGUUGGAAUAAGUCCCAGAGUGAAUAAUAAUGUAGGAUGUUUGUGUGCAUUUUAAAAUAACCCAAGCCUAUGUUUCUGCAUAAGAUACCAAACUGGCAUUUUGUGUCACUCAGUUUCUGUGGGGCAGUAACUGUGCUGCAGCUACAGUGUUAUGUAAUGGGGUCAGGAGUAGGAAGAAGGAAAUGGUUUUAAAGUCUGGAGCCUUUUGUUGUUGUUGUCUUUGCGCCUUCUCUCCCUUCCAGCAUUCAUUAUCUGAAAUAAGAGGGAGUAGAAAACAGUAUCCAGGUAUUCUUAGCUGGUAAUCAUCCUAGUCCUCUUCAGUCUUCACUUCAAGGAAAAGUACUCCAUAUUAGUUGCUGUUACUGUAUUUGAUUUCCACAGCCACCCAGUAAUAAGUUAAGGUAAUAUUAUCCUUGUUUUUAAUGGCCAGAAUUAUCCCUGUUAGCAGCUAAACUCUUGCCUGCUGUAUUAUUAAUAAUCCUGCCAUGCCCCUUAAAAAAACAACCCUUAAAAAAAACUAGUCUAGGUUACCCACUGCUUUUUGCUUUUAGAGUGCUGCUCUUUUCCCACCAAAUGGUUUAUAACUGACAUCUCUCUUCCAUCCUUUCAUCCCUAAAAGAAAAAAAAAGUGUUUUGAAGCAACUCCCUUGUUCUCUUCAAGCUGAUUAAACAACAAAGAGUCAUUUUGUUUGUCAAGGCACAGCUGUAGUAGUGGGCAGCUUACAGAAAAGCCUUGGUUUGGGAAGGGAAAGACUGUUACCCUUUAUAACCCUUGUGUUAAAUGUAAAUUGUUGCUGGAUUACGGUAUGAUACAAAGUCCUCUGUUGGAAUGUGUUCAAAGAAUAGAAAUUCUCCCUAUGGGAAGUGUGUGCUUAUAUAUUUAGUACAGAAGAUCUGCUGGAUGAGAGAUGGAGAACCUCUUUAAGUGUACCAUUGUUCAUAUGCUGGCCAAUUUAGUUUUAUAGAAGGCCUGAACAGGCUCUAAUGUGUCUUAAAAGGUUUCCCCUCUAAUUUUACCCAUAGCAGAGCUAAUGACCCACCAUUUCCCCAUCUCAUUUGUUUUAAAAAGGAGAACUUUAGGAGAGCCAGGUACAGGAAGGGAGCUAUUGACCUUUCAUAUCCCUUAUGCCAAAGUAUGAUAUAUGAGUGGAAGUAAAUUACAACAAGAGUUGUGAAUGUAGCACCCCUAAACAAAGGAGUAAUCCAUUGUUUGUUUCAAGAGACCAGAACAAGGAGAGGAACUGAAGUGAUAUAAAUAUUUUUUAAUACAAGUUUGGGUGGGGAAUCCCUCUGCACAGGAGAGAAAACAAAGUUAUCAGCUCCUUAGGAGCAAAAAGUGCUACUAGUAUCCCUGCUAAAAGUGUCUGACUGAAAAAGGCACUAUCCUAGACAACAAGGCUGCUGCCAGGGCAAAGAGGAGUCAGGCAACUCAGGCAGUCUCAUCUUUCGCAGUUUUGAGUGCAGUCUUGGUUAAUGUAGUCAGUGAGUCUCCUGUUGCAGAGUGGUGCUGAACUUGCUUGCCUGUAGAUGCUGCACAAUUUCCUUUACCUGAAAUCAGAGCAGAAAAUCAUUGCAAGAUCAGAUGUCAGCCCCUGUAAUCUGCUAUCCUGCGGCUGGCAGAUUUCAAUCUUAAAACUGCUAACUUACAUCUCAGGGCCUCAGAUUACAUACAGGUAGUCUCUAAAUGAAAGUAAAAAUCAUGCACUGCUACAUGUCCUGCCCACCUGCUUUCCAGGGACAGCUGCUGUAGCCAUCUCACUGACUACAAGUGAGGUGACUAAGAAGUGCUUGCUCUUGACUGCAACUGUAGCUGAUGGGAAGUAAAAACAUUUCCUGGCCAGCAGCACCCCUUCAAGACUUCACCCAUGGGUGAGGUGUUUUGUAUUCUUUGCAAGAGGCAUAGUGUCCAAAACAAGACACAUGCACAGGUCAUUCAUUCCCGCUAAAAUGUUAAACAUACUACUAGAGGGAUGUUUUUUGGCUUCUUAAAUUUGACAAAGCUUAAGGCUCUCAGCAAGUCUUAAUCCAUCACUGAUGGGCACCCCAAGUAGUUUCUCUCUUUUUGGCCAAGGACAACACAAGAGUGUGAGAAGGGAGCCCUUAACAACAAGGAUGGUAGUUUAUAUUCUGCAAACCAUUCAGGUUACAAAAAUAUAUUUUACUGAAAGAAAAACAAAAUUAUUUAACUCACUUAAUACUACUAUGGUGAUGCAAUCCUAGGCAAUAGGAGAGCCAGGGACAAUAACAAGAUUGUCACUGCAGUUUGAACUCAGUCCCUACCUACAGUUAGCUGAACUGUUAAUUAUACAUACUGUAAAUUAUGUUUCUGUGACUUUUUACUGCUUCUUUGUUUUAGAUUAUACCACCUGUUCUUUGAAAUAUAGUACCAAAGUAUUUUACAUAUGUUUUUUU